CCGCCCCCCUCCGCGAUGCCACCGGGGUCAAGGCCAGCCUUCACCCCAGCUCUGCUCCGGAAACACCGCCCUGGGGGGCAGGCCUGGAGAGAAGCGGCCUUAGGAACCUUUCUUCCCGGCGCCGGGGAAGCUUUUUCAGUAGUACCUUCCGGCCUCGACGACCGUAUUUCCCGUGCUGCACCGCGGCCGCCUCUUUCUCUUCCGGUCCCUGGCGCUUCGGGAGCCGCGGGCUUCGCGCGAAAAUGGCACAGAAACGGCAUCAAGAAACCCCGGUCGCAAAGAUACGAAUCUCUUAAGGGGGUAGACCCCAAGUUCCUAAGGAACAUGCGCUUUGCCAAGAAGCACAACAAGAAGGGCCUGAAGAAGAUGCAGGCCAACAACGCCAAGGCCAUGAGCGCACGUGCUGAGGCCAUCAAGGCCCUGGUCAAGCCCAAGGAGCCCAGGCCCAAUAUCCCAAAGGGCUGCAGCCGCAAACUCAGUCGACUUGCCUACAUCGCUCACCCCAAGCUUGGGAAACGUGCUCGUGCCCGCAUUGCCAAGGGGCUCAGGCCCUGCCGGCCAAAGGCCAAGGCCAAGGCCAAGGCCGAGGCCAAGGCGGAAACCAAGCCCCAGGCUGCGGGUGCGGCUGCAGCUCAGGCUCCCAAAGGGGCUCAGGCUCCCGCUCCCAAAGGUGCCCAGCCCCCCACGAAGGCUCCACAGUAGAGGCCUCUGUCUGCCGACGCGAGGACGGAAGGACUGGUGGGCCCCCUGGGCUGCUGUCUGUGUGGCGCUGGUGUCUUCCUGUGCUGUUUGUACAAAUAAACCUGCGGCAGGA